AAUAAUUUCAUUUUGUUAUUCAGUGCAGUCCCAAACACAGCUUUCAAAGUUGAAACUUUUCCAAGCACCCAGCUUGCCAAGAAAGUUACCCGCCCCCAUGAAAAUUCAGAACCCCCAAGUCAAACCGUUUCCCGCCAAAACACCUAUUUCGUGCGUUCCUAAUUAUGCACAAUCACGCCCAAUCCACUGAAUAGCAGCAACUCGAAGCAAACUACGUGCACAGAGACGAAGCGGCAUGGAGCGCUCAAAUCCAGCAAGAAAAUCGAAAAACGUGCACCACAUUGGAGGAAUCGCUGUGGAAUUUCCCUACCAACCCUACGGAUCGCAGCUAGCUUUCAUGGCCAAGGUCAUCUCAACCCUCGAUCGAGCCCUAAGGGACGGCCACUCCCACGCCUUGCUCGAAUCCCCCACCGGCACCGGAAAAUCGCUCUCGCUCCUUUGCUCGGUUCUCGCGUGGCAGCAGAGCUAUCCCUCCAGAAAGAUUGCCUCCAGUCCUGCUAUCUCGAAGCCUGCUCCCGAGGCCAUGACUGAUCCCCUUGCUUACGGAGGCGGAUUUAUCCCCGAAUCCCAGCCUUCAGCUCCAGGAAAUCCAGAUCCAGCUCCACCAGCAACAAACAACAAGGCCUCGAAGAAAAAGACAACACCCACCAUUUUUUAUGCCUCGAGAACACACUCACAAAUUGCUCAGGUGAUUCGUGAAUACAAGAAGACUACUUAUCGGGUACCAAUGGCAGUGCUGGCGUCAAGGAAGCAUUACUGUACCAAUAGGCAUGUAAAUGGCAAAAAAAAUAUCGACGAAGAAUGCAAGUUGCUUCUAAGCAAUCGAGAAGUAGGAUGUUCAGAAUUCAAAAAUGCAAACAAAGUCAAAGGUCAUUCAUCUCUUAAGAAAGGAGGUUGCCAUGAAGUCUAUGACAUUGAAGAUCUAGUGAAAAUUGGGCAAGAAAUGAAAGGUUGCUCCUAUUUUGCUGCACGUUCCAUGGCAGAUGAUGCACAAUUAGUUUUUUGCCCAUACAGCUACAUCAUUAAUCCUCUCAUCCGCAAAGCAAUGGAAGUGGAUAUUAAAGGGGCAAUUCUAAUUCUUGAUGAAGCACAUAAUAUAGAAGACAUGGCUCGUGAGGCAGGUAGCAUGGAUGCUGAAGAAGAUGCUUUGCAUAAACUGCAGACUGAAUUAGGGGAAUUGGCUGUUAAUGAUGCAAUGACUUACCAACCUUUGUAUGAAAUGAUACAGGAUUUAGUCAGUUGGAUAGAACGGAGGAAAAAUACAUUGGAAAAGCAUGAAUUUCAGCAUUAUUUCUCAUGUUGGACUGGAGAUAAGGCUUUAAGAGAGCUCCAUGAAGCAAACAUUUCACAACAAUGCUUCCCUAUAUUGCAAGAGUGUGCCACAAAGGCAAUCAAAAUUGCUUCAGAUGCAGAGCCAGAAGUAGCUCAUUUAACCAGCAUGUCAGCCAUGGCACUGGCAGGAUUGUUUUCUUCACUCAAUUACUUUUUUUCGGGAAAUGGGGUCCACGUAUAUGACUAUCAGCUUGUAUUACGGCGAUAUAUUAAGAAAGAUGCUGGCCAGAUGCAUAGUUUGAGUUUAUGGUGCUUGAAUCCAGCUGUUGUCUUCAGAGAUAUUGCUAAUCUUUCUUUAUCAGUGAUCCUGACGUCCGGGACACUAUCGCCUAUGAAUUCCUUUUCAUCUGAACUAGGGGUUCAGUUUGGUACUUGUCUGGAAGCUCCACAUGUAAUAGAUGUCGAAUCACAGCUGUGGGCUGCUGUAAUCUCUACUGGUCCAGGUAAUUAUAGAUUGAAUGCAAGUUAUAAGACAGCUGAUGCAUAUGCUUUUCAGGAUGCACUGGGUACAGCUUUGGAGAAAAUAUGCAAGAUAGUGCCUGGUGGUUCUCUUAUAUUCUUCCCUAGUUAUAAGUUAAUGGAGAAACUAUGUAAACGUUGGCAUGCAACUGGCCAGUGGUCUAGACUAAAUGCUCAAAAAUCACUUUUUGUUGAGCCAAUGGGAGGAAGCCAGGAUGAUUUUGAACAUGUUUUAAGGGAUUAUUAUAAUACAAUUUGUCAAAGCAAAAGGCCUGCUGUUGGAAAAAAGAGAAGGGGCAAAAGACUUGGGCUUAGUAACUGCUAUCCAGAUGAUUGCACAGAAAAUUGUAAGGAAGGAGCUGCUUUUCUAGCAGUUUGCAGGGGAAAGGUUUCAGAAGGAAUUGACUUUUCUGAUGAAAAUGCUAGAGUGGUUAUAAUUGUGGGGAUUCCUUUUCCUAAUAUAAAUGAUAUUCAAGUUGUUCAAAAGAAAAGGUAUAAUGACACAUAUAAAUCAUCUAGACACCUCCUUAGUGGAAAUGAGUGGUAUUGUCAACAAGCCUUCCGAGCUCUCAAUCAAGCUGCAGGCCGUUGUAUCAGACAUAGGUUUGACUAUGGAGCUGUCAUCUUACUAGAUGAGCGCUUUCGUGAAGAACGGAAUACAACAUAUAUUUCAAAGUGGCUGAGGAAAUCAAUUAGGCAGUAUGACAACUUUGAGAACUCACUUGAGGAACUAAAAUCCUUUUUCAGAACUGUCAAGCAGGAACGGCUUGGCAAGGAUGCUGUUAAUACUACAAAUAAUUUAGAUGUAAAUGUGGAAAGUACUGCUGCUGUGGAUCGUGGCAAAGGGUUCGUGAAUAAAAAUAAAAAAUUGAACAAAUCUAACGAACAUGGGCCAAAAUUAGUUUCAGAAAGCAUCAUUUCGAUGGAAAAAAGUACCAGGUUAUCUCAAUGUCCAACUCCUGUCACAACAAAUUGUGUCACUUUUAUCCUAUCAGAAUCUGAAGACAAUGUUGAAGUUCAAGAAUUGCUUAUAGUGGAUGAAAAAGAUGUUACCAGUUCAAGAGAAUGUGUUGAUUUAGACUGCAGUUUUCAGAAAGACCUCGGGUACCCCAGGGCCUUAUCCAUGGAAUUUUCGUCUGAUGAUCCAGAAAUAUCCAUUGUCAGGGAGACCCCUAGUAUGAAUGUCAGUCCUUUAGCUAGUCCCAGAUCCUUCUCCAAGGAUGAAAACUCUAAUUCUACAAUAAUUGAGGCCCCUGGUAAGAUUCAGGACCAGUUAUUAUUACAUUCCAGAUCCCCGACAUAUUCAAAUGCAGCUCAUUCAAAGUCGACUUCAUCAUUGGUGGUCACUCCUGAAAAAUAUGUCAGUGCCAACAUGAACAGCCAUUUAGGUGAAACAGAGUCAGUUCUGAAUUUGAGUGUCAAUUCUCAUACUCAGAAAAGGAGAAAGCCUUCAGGCUUAAAAUCAGUUAACCUCAUGCAAGUAGAACAAUUUGAUGUUCCUGAUCCCAGAGUUACAGGUCACUCAAGUUCUAUGGCUAGCUCAAUGAUAACUAAAGCCGAAAAUUGCAGAGAUAAAUUUGUUUUUGAGACUAGCUGUUCUCCAAAUGAAUUGACGAUGCCCAGUGUUACUCAAUUGCUCACGGGAAAUAAUGCUUGGGUAUCAUGUACAGCUUCAGGUCAUGUUAUGAACAAGAGACUGCAAAUUUUUUGCUCAUGCUGCAGGAAUCCAUUGGGUCUACCUCAGAACCAUUUAUAUAUAAGGUGCUCCAUAACUUCCUUAUCAAAAGUCCAUUUGACAACUCUUCUGAAAGGAAGGUCUGAAGCUGCUGCUGAAAACAUAUCAACUAGUAUACCUGUUGUGAUAUCUGACAUAUCUUCAGUUGAUCAGCGACUCUGUGAUAUAACUCCUGAUAGUGUUCCGGGACAGGGAAUUUGGUGUAGAGAGGAUGGGUGUGUGUUCAAUGCUAUUUUCUGCCCUUUUUGCAGUAAACCCAACAACUGCCUUGGUGUGCAGGUCAUGGCAACUGAUACAUCAAAUGUCCAAUUACUUGACAAGAUAUUGUUUUAUCUUGAUCGUUUGGAAAUUAAGAAUCCCGACGCAUCAGAGGAUAAGGAUUUAUCACCAGCUUGUAGCUCCGGCUUUACUAGUGGUGCAUUCCCGAUUUCCAUUGAGAAAUUCUCAUACAUCCCACCACAGCAGCACUCAGGAGGUUGGAGAACAACAAAAUCAAAGAUGCAAUUGCCAAAGAGACAACUGCUUCCUACCUCUGGAGGCAGAGGUGGAACCUGAAACAGGAUUUUUGGAGCUUUUCAGUUGCAUUCAACAUAAAUGACUUGGCUAAUGCAUCCACAACUGGUGCCGUUCAGAAAGUUCGUUCGAGAUUCAACUCUUAUAAUGGAAGAGUCUAAAGGUUCCUGAAAACAAAGCAUGCUUGUAAGCUACACUGUAAUAAGUUCACAUGUUUGACUACAAUGUUGUAGCUAUGGAAUGUUGAAGUGCUAUAACGACAACUUUCAAGGGGACUCAAUGCUGGUAAUGUUUAACUUGCAGUCUCAAGCUCUUCCUUCAAUCUCUUGCAGCUUAAUGACAUACUCAUUGGCUUUGCAGCUUUGCUGCCUUUGAGCUUCAUUCUUGAAAGUUAAACUGAUCCCAGUUGCCAGUGGAUGGAUUCCCUUUGUUACUCCAGAUAUGCCGAGGUGACCUUCCAGUUAACAGAGUUUUCAGAGCAUUUGGUGGCAUAUAAUAGCAGCCAAGCCCUGCAAUUUUUUAACUUUGUAAAUAGUACGCCCUGGUUAUGUAUUUUCAACUAAAAUUUUAAACAAACAUGGAUGCUAGAACUUGUUCGUGCAAUUUCAGAGUUCACAGUUUACUGCAUUUUGUUGCCAUUCUGAGGGAUUUCCAUUCCCGAUUCAUUUACAUUAAUAAGAUCUUAUAAUGAAAUGAUUUCAUGCCUUGAUGCAUU